CGAGGAGCACAUAUAAGAAGUGAAAUAACAGCAGCAUUUAUUUACCACUCAUAGGCUUCCAAGGGUAUAUUCCAUGCUGCAGAACCCAUCCACACAUGCCUUUCAUGUAAAGGAGCUGACAUGAUGCUGAUGUUGUUUCUGCUUAUUGUGAGCCAAGCUACUGCUGCACCCAGACCUUCAGAAAGUGAAUCAUGCUUGUUAGACAUCUCCGAACUCCAGCGCAAGAUUAAAGGUCUACAGAAUCAGUUACUGAUCGGAGAGUGGCAGAUGAAGGAACUCAGAGAAAACAGCUGGAUGUACAGUCGGGUGCUUUCACAAAAUUCAACCAAGGAAACUAAUGAACACAUGACGCUUCUGCCAACCACCAGUGGGAACCUCAUUGUCUAUGACCAUGAUUGCUCUAUGUUGUAUGACAGACAGAAGGCUCCAAGUGGGUACUAUCGCAUCAAGCCCAAGACUGCUGCUGAGCCUUUCCUUGUGUACUGCGACAUGGAGGACGGGGGCGGGUGGACUAUACUGCAACGGAGGAGAAAUGGAGGUGUGGAUUUUAACAGAGGGUGGAGUGAUUACAAAGAUGGGUUUGGCCAUUUUAAAAUGAAGAACGAUGAGUAUUGGCUGGGCAAUGAACACAUGUAUACACUUCUCUUGAGUGAGAGCAGUUUGAUGAAGAUAGAGCUGAUGGACUGGACAGGGGCGGAGGCUCAUGCAUUCUAUGAAAACUUCAGAAUUGCUGCUGAAAAGGAUAACUACAGGCUGCAGUUUGGCCUCUACAGUGGAACUGCUGGUGACGCACUGUCGGGUGGAGGCAAUGUGGAACAGCAAUGGUCUGCAUCUCACAACAGCAUGCAGUUCAGCACCCCUGACGCAGACCAUGACAGAUUCAUACAGGGCAACUGCGCCAAAGAAAACAAAGGAGGCUGGUGGUUUAACAGGUGUCAUGCAGCCAACCUUAAUGGGAAGUACUACAAGAGAGGGGAAUACAAAGCCAAACACGACAACGGGGUCCUCUGGUUCACCUGGCGGGGGUGGUGGCACUCCCUGAAAUUCACAACCAUGAAGGUCAGGCCUCCGUACUUCAUGGACAGUCUGGGGAGUGGAGACGGGGGCCCGAUCUAGCAGAAUGUGGAAUGAACAGCUCUAUCCCAAACAGGGAACAAGACAUCCUGCUUUCAGUUGAGUCACCAAGGCUAUUCCAGCAUGCCACCCCAUCAUUACUGCUAAAAUUCUACUUUUCAAACUGCAAAAGUCUGUAUUCUGUAAAUGUCAUGAAACACGGGUCAGCUUUCCGGCAACCUUAGAAGCAAUUUUGUAAAUCACAUUUGGAGAAUGUUUUCCACAUGGAACAUUGUAGAUCAAUCCAGAAGCCUAGGCUGUCUUCCUGUAAUGCCCCAGAACUGUCUAGAGGCAUAGGGAAUGUUUUAGUAGUUUUAUUAGGUUCAGAUGUAUUUGAAUUUCACAGAGCACAUGUCAAUAUGUCAACACACACUCUGUCUUACUUCAGGUGGAAAGACCCUUAUUAACGUAUACUCUAUAUUUGAUAUUAUACUGUUUGUUAGACUGAGGUAAGCUGUGUAUUCAUGUAAUCAUACAUUCUGAGGUGAAUCAAGUUGACAAACAUUUCAACUAGUGUACAGUGGUUCAGAAAAAGUUAAGUGCAUUGUUAUGUGUGCAUAUACAGCGACUGUUUAGUUAUCAUGUGUCAUUAGAAAUAUCUGUAACAGGAAUAUUGAGUAAAAAUAGUGUUGUAUCUGUGCAUAUUUUUGGUACAGGAACCUAGAAUGCAUCACACAAUAAAAUUCUUAUUUUAUUUAUAAAACCUAUCAACAAUUAUUACAGGGACUGAAGAAUAUUAAUGUAAAUGUUGUAUCUUUGUCUCACCACCAUUCAGACUAUAGGAAUAUCUUUAUCUGUGUUCCUCAAAAUAGGUUUAUUAUUAAAAUAAAAUGUUGGUUUAAAAUGAA